AUGAAGAGGAUGAGUAUUUUCUGCAUACUUCUCUUCUGCUCCACUAUGGUGCUGACUGCAUCUUCACCCAGAACAUUAAAAUACAAACAGAUUCAAAAGAAAAUUAGAGACUUAGAAAGUAUGGUGAAAGAUAAGGAUGCUGAAUUGCUGCAUACACCAGAAAGCCUUGUGGAGGGAUGCCUAUCCACAGCUGUGACCUGCUUCAAGAAGGGCAUCCAGAAAUUGCAACCAGCGAGCAGCCAAGAAAAUGAGGCGUUCACCAAAGCCAUUAGAAUCGUGAGCAAAUUCACCUACAGAGACUCUGGAGAGCACUGUGAAUUUACAUGUGAAUCUUAUGAGAAGAAAACCCCCAAAGAAUUUCUGAAGAGUUUUGAAAAUCUAAUGAAAAUGCUAUUCAAGAACUAA